AUGCCUUCCCUCUCGGAGAUCCUCGGACUCAUCGAAGGCUGUUCUUCCCUCCUGGCGCUGGGUUUCCUCGCAUGCAUCGACACGCUUCUGCACGGCUCUCAUGAAACUCCGCGAAGAAAACGAGAGCUGGAGAAGGCAACGCACGACCUCUGGUCUCUCGACACGCCGGCCGAAAAUCCAUUGAAGCACAACUUCCUGCUCCUCCCAAAUGGCCUGCAAUUACACUACUUGUCUCGCCAAAAAGACACUCGCGACCACAAGGCCCAAGUCCUCAUCAUCUUCCUCCACGGCUUCCCCGACUCCAGCUACCUCUGGUCGAACCUCCUCUCUUCAGACUUACUAUCACCCAACGCAACCCUAAUCUCCCUCGACCUCCCAGGCUUCGGCGGAAGCGACUCCCUCCCAAGCUAUGCGCCGAACGACAUUCUGCCAACCGUUGCAAUAGCCACUGCGGAGUUAAGAAAGAAGCAUGCGGGCCGAUGUAUCGUCGUCGCGCACGACUGGGGCGGCGCGAUUGCCUCUCGUGUAGCGGCGAGGACUCAUGGGCUGGUGGAUCACCUUGUGCUUGUCAACUCGCUUUUUCCCUUGCAUUUUCGCACUACGCUUGGGCGGCGUGUGAAGAGAGCUGUGGGCUCUGUCUCUGCGUGGUUGCGGCAGCCCCUUCGGACGGGACUUCUGCAAGUAGCGAGAGAAGAAGGCGCCGUUUUCUUUGCGCAACUUUUCAAAUCGCAUUAUGUCUUCAUGAUCAACCUCCCCUUCUUCUCCGCCCAGCGCUUCCCCCUCAUCAUCCACUACUUCAUCACCACCUGUCACCGCAUGGCCUCGCCCAAAAGCAAAGACGAAGCAACCCACUGGGCAGCCUCGUUAGGACCCAGUCGCACGGAGUGCAGCCAGAGCACGACAACCGGCACACAGUACAGCUCCUCAGUCAGCACCCGCGUUUCCCUCUUCCCAGCCCGCAUCUGGGACGCACGACUCCAUCUGUACAAAGAUGGGCUCAUGAGCGCUCGUUGGACUGGGAAUCUCGAUCCUGCGCUCACUGCUUUUAUCCCUGCUGAAGAAGAGCGAGGAGGAGCGAUAGACGAGUCGCGCAUCCGGUGUCCCACGAGUGUGAUUUUCGGGAUGGAGGAUCCGGCUCUCGACCCUAGGAUCUGCGUUGACGGAUUGGCGGAGUUUGUUCAUCCUGACACCCGUGGGAAGGGGGUUUUGGUUCGACUGAAGGGUGUGGGGCAUUGGUCGCCUGUGCAUGCUGUUGGGUGGAGGGUGGUUGAGAAGGUGUUGGCGAUUUUAAUAAAGACGGGUGAAAAAGAGUUUCCGGGCAAUCUGGUGAAGGUGAAGGACGAGCUGGGUGCAAUGGCGCCUAUUGACGAUGUCCAAGUGGAGGAGCAUUGA